GUGUGAAUGGAGUCAGGAGGAGACUACUGCAUUGGUUCAUUCUGUGAUGAAUUGUGUUUGUGAUGUUCCAUUGAGAGCUAGGAAACAUUCAUGGAAUAAUUUUGCCAGCAGACUCUCAGACUCUUCAGUACAUUUAUAUAUAUAUAUAUAUAUAUAUAAGUUUCAAGGUUUAGGGAACAUAUAUAAAGCUUUAUUAUCACAUUGACCUAGCUAGAGCUUUUCUUGAUAGCAAAGCUGGCAUUUAUUGAGUAGUAACAGUUGUACAGUAAUAUCCAGUUGUAGGCGGAUAAAAGAUGGCCGAAGCACAUUCAGCUGUCGCCUUCUCGUUCACAGUCACACCAGAUGGCUAUGAUGUUCGCAUUAAUCAUGAGGCUCUUAAAGCUGUUUGGGAAAGUGGUGUUGUGUCCUGGAAGAAAAGGAUUGGAAAACUUAAAAAUAAUAUUCACAAUGGAGUUUUUCCAGCAUCACUUUAUUCAUGGCUGAUUGUAGUGACAAUAGUUCUUGCUGUCCAAUUGGUUAGCUAUGAUCCUUCAUUUGGGUUCAUUCAAUUGAUACAUCUUCAUAUACCAUAUGUGAAUAGUGCAUCCUCUUCACUGUUAGGUCUUUAUAUUAGUACCAUUGUUUUUGGCACACUUAUUUGGAUUGCAAAGUUCUUAGUGCUCAAGUAUUUACUCAAGCUGCUGUUGUCCUAUCACAAGUGGAUUUACGAAGUCCAUGGGAGAACUUCAUUCACCACAAAGCUUUGGUUUACAUUGAUCAAACUAUAUGGAGGCAGAAAACCUUUGUUAAUGAGUUACCAAGCAUCUAUUCCAAAGUUACCAGUGCCUGACCUGAGGUCAUCUGUAAAUAAUUACUUGAAUUCUGUGCAACAUUUGAUGCCAGCAGAGAAGUACAAAGAAGUUGAAACACUAGCUGAUGAUUUCUGUAAAGGUGUUGGGAAAAAAUUUCAGAGAUACCUUAUUCUGAAAUCUUGGUGGGCAACAAAUUAUGUAUCUGACUGGUGGGAGGAGUACAUCUACCUGAGGGGACGCUCACCGAUAAUGAUCAACAGCAACUAUUAUGGUUUGGAUGCAUUGCUGGUUCACAAUACAAGUGUACAAGCUGCUCGAGCAGCCAACUUGAUCUACGCUAUGUUAAUGUACAGGAGAGAAGUAGACAGAGAGGAGUUAAGACCUAUAUUAAUCAACAAUGUUGUUCCACUGUGCUCAGCUCAGUAUGAGCGACAGUUCAACACAACUCGUAUACCUGGCAUUGAAACAGAUAAACUAGUUCACUUUAAAGAAAGUAACCACAUCACUGUCUACCACAAGGGACGUUAUUUCAAAGUUCUUAUCAAACACAAACAAAGAUUUUUGAAACCAGCGGAACUUGAAAUCAUUUUCCAGAAGAUUCUAGAUGAUAAUUCAGCCCCUAUGGAGGGUGAAGAGCACUUGGCUGCUCUGACAGCUGGUGAGAGGAUCCCUUGGGCCAAAGCUAGGCAAGAAUACUUUAAUCACGGCAAGAACAAGACCUCACUUGAUGCAAUAGAGAAGGCUGCCUUCUGUGUAACCUUUGACACUGAACCUCAAGAAUAUGAUCCAAAAGAUCCCAGCAAGUUGGACAGAUAUGGUAAAGCUAUGAUCCAUGGAAAGGGUUACGACCGAUGGUUUGACAAGUCUUUUACAUUUGUAGUUUGUUCUAAUGGGCAGAUUGGUUUUAAUGCUGAACACUCAUGGGCAGAUGCACCCAUUAUGGCUCACAUGUGGGAGGUCGUAGUGACCAGAGAACACAUACUGUUGGGGGCAGAUGCACCACUUAUGGCCCAAACAUGGGAAGCUUGUCAGCAACAUGAAUUAAGACAUGGGGCCGAUGCACCUGUGAUGGCCCAGCUAUGGGAGAUAGCUCAAGAUGAGCAAUACAAAUUAGGAUAUGAUGAGAAAGGUCACUGUUUAGGCACCCCAGAGUGUGAGCCUCCACAUCCAAUUAGAUUGCAUUGGGAGAUUCCUACACCUUGCAUAGAUGUCAUAGAGAGCAGCUUCCAGGUGGCCACUAAGCUGAUGAAUGACCUUGAUCUUCACAUCAUGAUGUUUACAGAAUUUGGGAAAGGAUUUGUCAAGACAUGUAAAGUCAGUCCUGAUGCCUUCAUACAAGCAGCCCUGCAGCUGACUUACUAUAGGAUGGAAAACAAAUUUUGUUUGACAUAUGAAUCAUCUAUGACUCGUUUGUUCCGUGAAGGCCGUACAGAAACUGUCAGGUCAUGUACAGCAGAAGUGUGUAACUUUGCCCUAGCUCUUAAUGAAGGGAAGCCUAAAUCAGAAUGUAUCAAGUUAUUGAAUAAAGCAGCAGAGACUCAUCAAAAGCUGUACCGUGACACCAUGACAGGCCGGGGGGUUGAUAGACAUUUGUUCUGUCUAUAUGUUGUCUCCAAGUAUCUGGAUAUAGAGUCACCUUUCCUGUCUAAGGCUCUCAGUGAACCAUGGAAGCUCUCCACAAGUCAGACUCCCCAUCAACAGACAGACAGGCUUGACCUAAAUAAAUAUCCAGAUCGUAUAUGUGGAGGAGGAGGCUUUGGUCCUGUGACAGAUGAUGGUUAUGGUGUGUCCUACAUCAUAGCAGGAGAAGACACAAUAUUCUUCCAUAUAUCUUGCAAAGUAUCAUGUCCACACACGGACUCUCACAAGUUUGGGGCCACCUUGAAAAAAUCUCUAUGUGACAUGAGAGAGAUGUUCUCUAAAAACUGAUAUCUGCCUGGAAUCAUUCUUCAUCUCUGACCAGCACACAUUUUGUCAGCAUCUUGACCAUCUGCAAACAUCCUGUAUAUCUAAUUAGUGUGUGUUUGUAAAGUUAUUUAUUGAAAUUCAACCGGUGUACACCUUUAAACAUUUUUUUAGGGGUUGUUUUCCAUGGUGUGAUAUAGCCAGCCGUUUAUUGACAAUUUUAUUAUCAACAUUAUAUUUUUUCUCCAUUAAAUUGAAACUCUUAUUUCUUCUAUGUGAUGUUAAAUAAUUAUUUCCUUGUUGAAUGCCCGGUUCUCUGUUUAGAUAUUAUCAAAUGUAUGAGCAGGUAGUACAAUUUGUCUGCUUUACAUAAUUCAUAAUGUCAUGUUGUAUAACAGAACAAAGAGUAAAAGUCUAUUUGUUGCUCAGUUUCUGUUGUUUAGAUACAAAUAAUAUGUACUUUGCUCUAUUCAAGUUAUUUUUAUUCCUUUGAUAAUGACUUGUUCAAGUGCUUUGGAAAAAGAUUUGUUUUCUUUUUAAAUCUCAAGGACCAGGUCUAGUAGAUUUCAAAUAUGUCCUUAACUAUAUUUAAAAUGAGGGUAUGUGUGGCAUUAAUUUAAUUUAAUUAAAUAUCUUUCAUUGCUCACUGGUUGGACUUAGCUCAGAUUUGAAGUAGAAUACCUACUUGAACUCAGAACUGAGGCAUUUCAUCAGGUCUGAAGUGCUGUCUUCUAGAUGGCAAGAAGAUAGUUAAAGCACAAACCUUAAUGAAUAUAUCAAGGAAAAAACUGUAAACACACACUUGAGAGAUUUAUUCAAGCAAUUGUAACCAUUCCUUUGUCUAUUCUAUAUCUGGCUGACUGACAAAAAUUGUGUAAAAUAAUUAUUACUUUUUCAUAUAGACAUUUAUUUCAUCAAAUACCUGGUACAGAACUGACCACAGCAUUCUGGAUUUCAUUUGUGCCAUAAUUAUAUUUUGUUUUGCCACAGAUUUUAUACUCAAUCUAUUGAACAAUGCAAAAUUAAUGGCAAAAAAAAAAAAACCUACUGAUUUAAUUUCCAGCUCAACAGAAACAGCCAUAGUUCUCAUUGUUUUGAAAUGAUCUAUUUACAGAUGUUUUUUUUUUUCUUUUCUGUGAUAUCAGUGCACUGGCCUAUAUAUAUAUAUUUUUUGCUUAAGUUCUUUUCUAGUUCAAGGGUUGUUAGGAUGUUGUGAACCCUCUAUUUCUACUCUACCACAAAUGUGCAUUGUGUCUUAGAUACUUCAGUUAAGUAAGGUGUACUUUGUACUGUCUUUUAUUGAAGUGUGGUUUUUUGCUUGUGUGUUUUUAUCAUCUAUUGAAAGAAAGUGUUUUUUUUUAUCCAUUGAUUUCCUCUUGGCAGCAUACUCUGUGACAUAGCAGGCCCAUUGCAGACCAUGUGAUCAAGUUGUUAGUUUCAUAUCAGACCAGUUGACAUGUUUUUAUACACUCCAGUAUGGACAGAAUAAUGGUGUGCUCAGCAUUUGAAGGACUUCUAAUGUUCUUGUGUACUGAAUAGGAAUAAUAAUUAACUAGUUAUCAAUAAGCCACAGUUUGUUGUGUAUAUUGAUAGUACAAGGUCUUAUUAACUGCCAUUAAAGUCAGAAUGGUUUGAUAGUUUUAUAUUGAGUAACUUUUAUUAAUAUUUCUUGAACUAAAACUGUCGAACCAAAUCAAUUUGACAUUUUUGUCUCGAGACUUUGUCCUUGGAUUAUAUUAGUAUCUCAAUGAAUUAUAUAUAAAUAUAUAUAUAUAUUUUUUUUUAAUGACUAAUGAACUGUUAGGACCACACAACUUUUUUCUUUUGUGUGUCAUAGUAUAUUUAUAAGUGAAUAAAUAUGUAAUGUACCUGUAUAUUGGAACUAGAAUACUGUCUUUAUUAUUGUUUCAUUGAAUAUUGUUUGGCCGUGACUCUCUAUCAUUACACAUUUUGUACACAAAAUU